UAGCGGCGUCGGCCAUCUUGGAAUCACAUUAGUGUUUCAGGUUACUCUCUGAGACACUGCAUGAGCACGCGACUCAUUGAUUGACCUGCUAUCAUUAAUUGAAGAUAAAGUUAUUUGCGUCCCCAUUUAUCGGUGACAGCGGAUACACUUGUGUUUUAUUGCUCACGGAGCGGAGAAGCAAACUCAGGAUUUUGAAAGAAAACCGUCAUGGCGACAGCUAGCGUUACCCCGAGCCGUGAAGCUGGCCGGUCGGCGGCCUCUACACCUCUCUCCCCGACCAGGAUCUCCCGCUUACAAGAGAAACAAGAUUUGCAGCACCUGAACGACAGGUUGGCCGUUUAUAUCGACCGUGUCCGGUCUUUGGAGCUGGAGAACGACCGGUUGAUGGUCAAAGUGUCUGAGAAAGAGGAGGUGACCACUAGAGAGGUGACAGGCCUGAAGUCUCUGUAUGAGGCAGAGUUAGCUGAUGCUCGACGGGUUUUGGAUGAAACUGCGAAAGAGCGAGCCCGGCUGCAGAUAGACCUGGGCAAGGCUCAGGCUGACCUGGAAGAAGCCACACGCAGUGCCAAGAAGAAAGACAGCGAUCUUGCUGCUGCGUUGUCCAGGGCCAGUGGUUUGGAAAGCCAGCUGAACAAGAGUGAAGCAUCUCUUGCUACAGCUUUAAGUCAGAACGCUGCUCUGACUUCUGAGCUGGCUGAUGUCAAGGGCCUGCUGGCUAAGGCAGAGGACAGCCAUGCUGUUGCUAAGCGCCAGCUGGAGGCAGAGACCCUGAUGCGCGUAGACUUGGAGAACCGCUGUCAAUCCCUGAGUGAGGAGCUGGAGUUCAGGAAGAGCAUGUUUGAAGAGGAGAUGCGCGAGUCUCGGCGUCGCCAGGAGCAGAGGAUAGUGGAGGUGGAUUCUGGAGUCCGACAGGACUUUGAGUUCAAACUAGCACAAGCUUUACAGGACCUAAGGAGGCAACAUGAUGAGCAAGUCUCUCUCUAUAAGGGAGAACUGGAACAAACCUUCCAGGCCAAGUUGGAUAACGCCAAGGUGUCCUCAGAGAUUAAUGACAAGGCAAUGAGCACAGCCAGGGAGGAGCUGCAGGAGUCCCGUGUGAGAAUCGAGGGUCUUGGAUAUCAGCUGAGCGCCCUGCAGAAACAGUUGGCCAACUCAGAGGAUCGCAUCAGAGAGCUGGAGGAAAUUCUGUCUGCAGAGAGAGACAAGCACCGCCGUGCCAUGGAAGGAAAAGAACAAGAGAUGAGCGACCUGAGAGAAAGGAUGAACGCUCAGCUCAGUGAAUACCAGGAGCUGCUGGACGUGAAGCUUGCCCUAGAUAUGGAGAUUAAUGCAUACAGGAAACUGCUGGAGGGAGAGGAGCAUAGGCUGAAGCUGUCCCCCAGCCCAUCACCUCGAGUCACUGUUUCCAGAAUAACAGGCUCUUCCUCCUCCCGCUCCUCCAAGAGGAAGAGGGUGGAAGCAGAGGCUAAGGAUGCGGCAGAGGUGGCAAGAGGAGAAGGGCAGCUGCUGGUGUCUGAAGAAGCCACCGCCAGCGGAGCCGUCACCAUAUCGCCCACUGACAUGGAUGGAAACGCAGUCACACUGGCCAAUGACACUGAGCAGGACCAGCCGCUGGGCAACUGGAGGUUGAAGAGACAGGUUGACAACGGGGAAGAGAUCAUCUACAAGUUCUCCCCAAAGUUUGUCCUCAAGGCUGGACAGACAGUCACGGUGUGGUCUGCUGAUGCUGGUGUGGCCCACAGUCCACCAACUGACCUGUUGUGGAAGAGUCAGACUUCCUGGGGCACAGGAAAUGACAUAGUUACCACUUUGAUCAACGCUGAUGGCGAGGAGGUGGCCACAAGGAGCGUAACCAAGACUGAGGUGGAGGUAGAGAAUGGAGAGGAAGAGGAGGAAGAGGCACAGACGGGCAAAGUGUCAUCCAGAGAGUGUGCCAUCAUGUGAAGCCUUCCCCUUCUGCUGGCUUUCACUUCCCCAUUAUAUAUUUUUUUCUCUAGAGCCACUCAGUUAUGAUCUUAUCUAUUGCCUCAUCGUUAUGUGGUUUUUUUUAUUCUUCAAGACAGUAUAAGAAUUUUUGGACUAAUGGACUCUUUUUACUGCCCUCCACCUCUCUGGACCUGCUUUAAUGAGUCCUUUUUCAAAUAUUACUAGCAAAGUGUGUGGAUCAUGAUGAUGAUGAUGAUGAUGAUGACAAUGAUGAUGAUGGAUCCAAAUAUUCAGUCAGACUGUGGUCUUGCAGCUGAAUUUUCCCCUCCCUUACUACUAACAGUACUCUACAUGUCAAUGAUUUUUUUUUACCACUAGCUGUCUUUUGUUCUUCUGCGGUUCAUUCAUUCUUCAUACACAGUAGAACACAAUCUGUAACCUGUUAUUUGAGUUCUCAAGAUAAAGGACCUCCGCUGUAUAGCCAUAGAAAUAUGAUAAAUUCAUAGCGAACAAAAUAUCGAGCAAGUCUUAAUUGGAUUUUGGAGAACAGUGUUUUUCUCCAAAAUCAGGACUUUUAAGUGUUUCCCAUUUAUAACAAAUUUGUGUGGAUAACUGAUAGGUAGAUUUUUUCUGAAUAUUUUAUUUAUGUCUUCCGCUGAAAAGUCUAGUCCAUUUUCUUUGUAUCUAAAUAGCCAAAUAUCAUAAAUCACAAAUUUGCCUCGAGAGGCUUUACAGUCUGUCCAGCGUACAACACCCUCUGUCCUUAGAUUCUCAAUUCAGAUCAGGAACUGAUUUCCCGAAUCCAAAACAAUCUUUUGAAUACACUGCUGGUUUGUGGUCAACUGGCAGAUGUUGGUUAGCUUAGACUCAAAACUGAAUGUCAAACCUUUGGGACACACUUGUUCAUAGCAGGAGCUGUUGUGAGUACCUGUUAGAGCUCCCUGCAGCAGGGCCAACUCAUCCUGGAAAAAAAAAACAAAACACUACAGGUUAAUUUUGACUGACAACCCUUUGAUUUCUAUUGUCAGUUAUCUGUGCUGCCUUUGUGUGGUCUGUAGUGGAAAGAAAAUAUGCUGCGUCGUGGAGAGCAGGCUGUUGACUCACUCGCCAUUUGUUUUGUUUUUGUUUUUUUGUUGGUUUUUUUGUUGGUUUUUUUUUUGUUUUGUUUUUUUUCGCCGUACUGUAUAAAACGUGUGAACGUAUAAUGGGGGGCAUUGUUGUUAAGCUGCUAACCUAGCAGCAGAGGUAGUAAUAGAGCCAAAUCAAUGUCUGUAUAAAAUAAAGGAGCCGUCACAGUAGUUGCCGACACUGCUGUUACAUGUCAAGCCUAUUUUGCUUCCAGGACGCCAGCAUGCUAUCUUAAUUCUCACACUGGGGCAGCAUCAUGGUAGCAUUUUUUUUGCUUUAGUGUAAAAAAGCAAAAACCAACGUAACGGCGAAUCUUUUUUAAUGGCAGUAUUGCAAAAUCUGUUAAAAAAGCCUACUGACUCCUCCAGGCAGCUCAACACACAUAUUUGAGAAGCAGUUGUUGUGAACUGCUCAAAGAUCUGUUGUGCAGAGGGGCCAAGUCAGUAGCAGUGGUCAGUUAAAAUCAAACUUUUCUUAAAGAUAUAUUUGAAUGAAAACCUUUAGUGCACACUAAAAUGUGAAGAGGAGUGGUGACCUGCCUCAGGAACAGGUCUCUUGGCUAAUGUUUAACAGUCUUUAAUGAGCAGCCCAACAGUGACACCCAGGGACAGCAUCUCCUGUAUGAAAGGAGUGUUGUGUUAGGAAGUAGGUUUACAGCCAUAAAACUAGUUUAACUCGUGGUUUCGUGUUCGUGUCAGCUCUGUCAGAAUUAUAGUCGCCAGGUUCUCUCUGCUGGGAUCGUGAUGGGACAAACUUGUUUCUCCUUGAACCGUGCAAAGCAGCAUGACUGCUCUAUCUGGUGGAUGGGGGUUGUGGGCCACUGAAUAGCCUUGUGACUGGCAGAACAUUGUACACACAAGAUAAAAAGUGAAAGCAACAUGCUACAGCGUAUGAGGUGAUACCACACCGUACGAGCGUUGCUCUCACACCUUGUGUCAUUUUGGCCCCAUUUUUCUAGUGUGUCUGUAUGCUGUGCUUUUCAUCGCUAGUUGUUUUUUUUGUUUGUUUGUUUGUUGUUUUUUUUUUUUUUUUAAUAGAGUGCUUGUCUAUGUAUAAUCAGUUUGUUUACACAUGAUAUUUCAUUUAUUAUUUAGCGUUACGGAUUUCUGGGAUGAUUAAGGUUGGGUGUUAAUUACCUUAAAUAUAUUUCAGGAUUCUGAGGAAACGAUACCGAACACUACUCCUGCAGUGUUCUGCUUUGAGUUAAAAGGCGUCACCUGGUCAGUGACUUUGAUAUUGGCAAAAGCAACACUUUCUUGUCUGAUAAUUCAUAAGUGACCAACUUUGAAGUCUGACAUAUUUAGACGAAACUGACUAUUAAGUUAAUACAGAUCUGAUUUUGAUUGUUACAAGGCUCUGAAAUACGAUGGUAAUUCGGUCCCUCCAGGAAGUCUCUUGGGUCAACCACAAGAAUGAAUGUUUAUUUAACUAAUCCCUGCAAUAUAAAUAUUUUCUAACCGCCUAUCCUGACUUUUUUACUUUUACUCUUUUUUCACAAGAACUGGUCAAGCUGAAGAUGCUAAUUUUACCAAUCGGUGCAAUUUUGAUACAGAAUAAAAGUUAAUAGAACACUUUUCCAAAGUCGGAUAAUCAAAAAUAUUUCUUUGGAACUACAUGUGGAGUUACUGUUGCAUAUUAGUAUGCAUGCACAUCAGUUUGUUCUGCUGCACAUGCACUAACUGACAAACCUCUGUUCCUGGAGGGACUGUUACAUGACUUGGUUCUGCCCAGUUGUCCUACAAUAUAGAUGUGAUUGUGAUAAUAUAGGGGGA